CUUAUUUCUAAAAUUCUCAUUUAUUUCUUUAAAGCCAUGUCAUUUUACCAGAGGCUGUCGUUUUUGUUGGCUUUGUUCGUUUAUCUAAGCCUUUACGCUUCUGCGGACACAGACCUGUUCGGCCCCGGGGUCACCAAGGGCACUGUGGGCAGCAACCAGAUCGUCGAGGCGUCCGGGCUGGCAGCCAGUCGUCUGCACGAUGGCGUCCUGUACGUGCACAACGACAAGGGGGACUCGAGCCGCUUCUUUGCUGUGGACGUCAACACGGGGCAUAAGCUUGCAACUUUCACAGUUCUCAACGCGCAGAACUACGAUUGGGAGGAUAUUACAAUCGGCGCAUGCGCAGAUGAUUGUGCGCGAACAUCCUGCAGCGCGACGAUUACACCGGCGCGGUACUGUAUCUACAUAGCAGACACUGGCGAUCACGGCGGUGAUGGUGCUAAAAACAUCAUCUACAUGCUCAGGGAACCGACGAGGAUUGCAGACAGCGAUAUAAGCGCCGUCGAUACGUUAACAUUUAGCUGGAGCGAGCAGGACGCCGAGACGUUGAUGAUCGCCCCUGACGGAAGGCUGUUCAUCAUCUCCAAGGUCCACGGCGGUCAAGGCGCCAUCGCCCAGUUGCCCAGCUCGGCCUGGGGUCAAGGCCGGGUCAGCCUCGACAUGGCGCAGACGGCUAAGCUUAAGUUGAGCACGACGAAUAACGACCCCCAGGGUGGGGACAUCAGCCCGGACGGCCGAGAGAUGCUGAUCGUGGCGGAGCAGAAUGUGUACUACUUCAGUGUCCCCAGCGGAGAUUACAUACAGGCUGUCCGCGACACCCCACCAGCCAGGGUCAGCUCCUACCACCCCCAACCCGCCACUGAGGCCAUAGCCUGGUCACCCAAUGGGCGUGGUUUUUACGUCAUGGCUGAGGGAGCUAACCAGAAGAUCUAUUUUUAUCCCAAACUUACCGGAAGUCUUCCUGUCGGCUGAUUACACAAAACACCGAUCAUGAAAUUGAGAGGAAAAUGUUAUAAUGCGAACAAUUAAUUCCACGGAUGUUUUAAAAUCUGGAAGAUACUCAAUUCACAACUAUUUAAGGGAUUUGAUUCGGUAAAAAAAAUAUGAAUAUUGUGAUUGGUCUUUUUUUUUCUUGUCGUUCAAUCUCAAUCAAGAGAAUGUUAAUAUUU